GCCGCAACCGCACGACGCUCACCUACAUCGCCGCCGCCGCCGUGGGCAUGGUGGGCUUGUCCUACGCGGCCGUGCCGCUCUACCGCCUCUACUGCCAGGCCACGGGCCUCGGCGGGACGACGAGCGCCGGGCAGGGCGAGGAGCGCAUCGAGAGCAUGAGGCCAGUCAGGGAGCGCGUCGUGAAGGUCACGUUCAACGCGGACGUGCACACCAGCAUCCAGUGGAACUUCCGGCCGCAGCAGACCGAGAUCUACGUGGUACCAGGAGAGACUGCACUGGCCUUUUAUAAAGCAAAAAAUCCUACGGACAAGCCCAUAAUUGGGAUCUCUACCUACAAUGUUGUGCCCUUUGAAGCAGGACAAUAUUUCAAUAAAAUACAAUGUUUUUGUUUUGAAGAACAGCGGCUUAAUCCUCAAGAGGAAGUAGACAUGCCUGUCUUUUUCUACAUUGAUCCAGAAUUUGCAGAGGACCCUAAAAUGGCUAAAGUUGAUUUGAUCACACUCUCUUACACAUUUUUUGAAGCAAAGGAAGGACAAAAGUUACCACUUCCAGGAUAUCAGUAAUAGGCAAUGUCUUGGACUUCUGCUGCAUGGUCAACAGUUUUGAGACCUUUUCCCAUGGAAAGAGAUACUCUAAGAACAACACACAAGUAGUCUGCAGUGUGAAAUUAAAUUAUUAAACCACUGUGGGCACAUGUUGCUGUUCUGACAGAUUUUUUUCUAUUUUUUUUUAACUCAUGCAGUUACAAUUGCCAUAGGAACAGUAUUUUUAUCAUCAGAACACAAGGACUCUCUAAAGGCAACUGUCAUCUCUUCCAAUGAUGCAUGUUAUAUGAAUGUGAGGAAGCAGAUCUCUAAAUCCAAGGGCAAACUGAGAUUAUCAGCUAUUUUCAAAUUAACAGAUUGUUAAUUAAAGUUAAUUGAAUUAAAGUUAAUUAUCUGAAGUAAAUUGUUAAAGUUGCAGUCCUGGAUCUGAAGAAUAACUUCCAUUUACUUUGUAUUUUCAGUGAUUAAACUUUUACAGUAAAAUAACAUGCUUAAUCAAUUCAAGAAAUCUCAAGCCAAAAAUUAGAGUAAAUUGUUAAGUUAUCCCCCUGCAGCAGAGGAGAAUAUGAUUGAGUAGAUGCUGCUGCUGCCUCUUCAGUUAUUACUGAAUCAGUAGUUUAUUUGGUAAGAGCAGACAGCUCUGGAACUGUUACUAUUUCAAUGUGAGGUGAAAUAAAUUAAAGGUAAGCUUUUCAGAAUUGUGGGCUCCUUGCAGAAGUGUCUGAGACUUAAGAUGGAACUCAUCUUUUUGUCUUUGUGCCCUUUCUGCAGGGUUUGCAUUUCUUAACGUUUGGAUAUUCUGUUCAAGUCAUUUAAAUUUGGUACUAAUUACUGCUCUCUCACCACUGAGAGGAGGCCCAAUCCCUGGGACUUGUAAAUAGAGGGAAAUUAGGUGUGUGUCUGAAGUGCUUCAAAGGCAAAGGCAGGCCAUAAAAAGCUGUUCAGAAUUAACUCAAUAGGCAAAGGUGUCUGCUCGAAAACUACAGUCAGUCAACCACGCUCAGAGGUUAAAGGCAACAGAGCCUGCCCAAGAGCUUAUCAGGGGCUGAGAGGUACACAUAGG